CUAGUUGCCUUGGCCUGUGCAAGAGGGUCGCUGAAAACCUUUGUUCAUACAGUGCAUCUAUUACAGAAACAGACUGAGCUGGGAUCCUUGCCCGUGGCUGAUGUCUUGUACAGGUUGUUGCUUUUGGAAGGAGGACCUGGCUCACCCUCCUGCCUGCUUGGGGGGAAGCACAUAGUGUCCUGGGGCUUUGAGGACAUGUUACCUGCCCCUGAUGCCAACACUGGUUCCAGCAGCGAAAGUAAAGAUGCAGACCUGGGCCGGUGUCUGGCAGCAGAUGGGCUCUACCUCUACACCACUAAUUCUGUGGGCAGAGGAAUCAGCAAGUUGGGGUCUGGCCUGCACGGGACUUUGAGGGGCUUCGUGUACUGCCGGAACGAGGAGCUGGAGGCAGGUUGGGUUGCCUUUGGCAAUGGCAAACUCCUGCAUCGGCCUGUGUCUUUUGACAACAAGCCUCACUACCUUUUCCAGGUCGUGGAUCAGCAUACCCUUCAGGUAUGUCAGAUUAUCCCAAUGCCAGUAAACCACUUCCCAGUCGGCAGCACUAUGACCACGGUGCAUCUCUCUUCAGAUGGCACAUACUUCUACUGGAUCUGGUCUCCUGCAAGCCUCAAUGAGAAAACCCCCAAAGGCCACUCUGUCUUCAUGGACAUCUUUGAAAUCAUAGUAGAAAAUGGCAUAUGCAUAGCAAAUCCUCUGCAGGAAAGGAUUAUACUGAUGAGGAAAGAGGGGGAGUCUGCCAAGAGCAUCAAUGAGAUGCUGCUGAGCAGGCUGUCAAGGUACAGAGCCUCCCCAUCAGCAACACUGGCUGCUCUCACAGGCUCCACCAUCUCCAACACGCUGAAGGAGGACCAGGCAGCUGCCAACACCAGCUGUGGGCUGCCCCUGAAGAUGCUGAGGAAGACUCCAAUUUACACGUGUGGGACGUACCUGGUGAUGCUGGUGCCGCCGCCGGGCGGCUCGGGCAGCUCGGCCACGCGCUCGCUCUUCGGGGGCACCAGUGCCCUGUCAUCCCUGAAAAUCCUUGCCUCCAGCUUGGUGUUCAACAUCUCGGAUGGGCAGUUCACCAGCCGAGCGGAUCUCAUCGACGCUGCAGGGAGCUCCCUGGGACGUGGGGCUCUAGUUCCAGGGCUGGGUGCCUGUUACGAUACAAUGAAUAACAUGAUCUGGACGUGCUCCAAUGAUUACAUUGAUCAGUGGUGCAAUCCUGGGAAUCAGGCAUUCCACUGUGUGUGCCAGAGGCUGGGAGUGAGUCACAUCAUCACAGAGCCCAAAGGGGAUGCGACAACCACAAAUGAGGUUAUUAACCAGUUACUGCACCAUGUUGGUGCCAUGUGUAUCCACCAACUGAACCUCCUGGCAGCCAGCAACAACCUGCCCAUAACAAACUUCCUGGGCAAGCAGCACCCGAUCGAGGCUCAUCACCUCAGCAGCAUCUGCGACAUCAUGGAGAAGGCCAUGGUCAAUGGGGACACCUGCAUCAUCCGCUGCAUCCUCGUGGUCUUUCAGGUGGUGUUUAAGUUCUUCUUCAGCCCCCAGAGUGAGAGGAACAGAGACAUUGUCAGGAGGUCAGGCCUCUUGCUCUGGCAGCUCCUCAUGGCCCCACGGGAUCAGAUCUGCUCAGAAAUCCAGAAGGAGGUUUGCCUGGCUAUUAGCUCUGGUUUGAAUAUCCUGUACCCUGGGGAAGCAGAAAUCAAUAACCUACUGAAAUUGGUCCUAACUGAAGGGGAGAGGAACAGUGGCCUCUCUCAGCUCCGUGAUGUCAUCCUGACCAACCUCGCUGAGCAGCUGCAGAACAACAGGUUUGGGAGUGAAGAGGAUGAUCAUUACAGACUCAAUGAUGAGCUGCUGCACUACAUUCUCAAGAUUGUUGUCCGAGAAUCUUGUGUCUUAAUCACCAAGUGCCAAACUGUAUCUAAAGAUGAUUUUCAAAGGCUUCUUUCAACUGUGCCUGCUGCCUCGUCCUGCCUGCGGUACCUGAUGGCUGUGCAGAACCAUCUCCUCAGUAACACUGUCUUGAUCAAACCUGACGACAGUGAUGACAGUGACAGCUCCUUGCAGGGAGAGACAUUGAAGGAGCUGAAGACCAGCAUUUUGUCUCUUGCCACCCAAAUUCUGACAGGAUGUGAUGAAGUCUUAGAAAUGCUGCAACAAGUCACUACUGCACUGAUAAACAGUGACAUUUCUGACAGGGAGCAAAGGUUAAAAGGCCUGGAGCAAAUCACAAAGGCAACUAUGCUUGGGCACCUCCUUCCUGUGCUGCUGACAUCACUGAUGCACCCAAAUCUGCAGACUCUGACCAUGGCUGAUGCCUUGAUGCCUCAGCUGGUGCAGCUGGUUCUCUACACCAGCCAGACUGCACUGCUGCUUAAAACUCAAUCUCCAGUUUUCUCAGAGCUGAACAGCUCCCCCAGUUGUGCUUCAGAACAGAAAGGGAAGCUGUUACCUGAUGAGAGAAUGCUGGAAGAGAAGGAGGAGCCAGGAUUCCUGACUGGCCUGAAGAUCCCUGCUCCCUGGGCUGCUGGCAAGACUGUGGAGACAGUGCACCCUGUCAGGGAUAACUACAAGUUCAAAGAAACGGUUCACAUUCCAGGAGCUCGUUGUUUGUACCUCAGAUUUGACAACAGAUGUUCCUCACAGUAUGAUUACGACAAGUUGGUGAUCUAUGCUGGUCCUAACACAAACAGUAGGAAGGUUGCUGAGUAUGGAGGCAAUACACUGGGAUAUGGCAGCCGUAGUGUCUUAGGAACUGGUUGGCCGAAGGACUUAGUGAAGGUGGAAGGAGACACAGUCACCUUCUCCUUUGAGAUGCGAAGCGGUCGGGAGCACAACACUCCGGACAAAGCCAUGUGGGGCUUUGCCUGCACCGUGCGAGCACAGGAGUCCUCGGAGGACGUGUCGGGAGGUUUGCCCUUCCUGGUUGACUUGGCCCUUGGCCUUUCCGUGUUAGCCUGUUCCAUGCUGCGAAUUUUGUACAACGGCCCAGAAAUUACCAAAGAUGAAGAAACUUGCCAGGAGCUCUUGAGAUCCAAACUAUUACAAAGGUGCCAGUGGCAGGUGGAAGCCAAUGGUGUCAUCUCUCCAGCCCUUACUCCAAGCCCUUCUCCAUUGCCUCUUACUAUAGAUGAAGAUAGGGAAUUCACAUAUCCUUCUGAUGUCCUAGUGCCUCCUGUUGGACACUACUUCGACCUGCCCAGGAUUCGGCUGCCUCCAGGAAUCAUGAUAAAGCUCAGGGAAAUUUCUGGACGUGCUCGGCCUCAGUUUAGACCCAGUAUAAAGGAAGUGAUCCAGCCAGAGGUCAUGGAGGAGAUGGUGGUGUCCUGUGUGAUCAAACACUUGAAUUUGGUUGAUGCUCUCCAGUCCCUGAUCAAUUUCCAGUAUCAGGAAGAACAUGCUGAAGAAUAUGAUUUACUUUGUAAAAUCAUGGGGGAGACCUUUAAGAAGCUAAAUGCCAUGGAGAGACAGUUGCAGAGCGUGGCAGAGCUGGAGCAGAAGUGGCAGAACGAGGUGGAUGAUGCCAUGCAUGGGAAGCUGGAGAACAAUGUCCCAUUCUUCUAUGAUUAUCACUUCAAUGAGAGCAAGAUGAAGGAACUGGAGCUGCUGUGUUCCAUGAAGGAGGUUUGUUUCGACGGGAGUGAUCUGGAGAACGUGGUGCUGGCGUUGAGGGAGAAGUUUUUCCAAGAGGUGAAUUCCCUGAUACAAAAGAGCUCUCACCCCCUGGCAAAAACCAAAACCCUAGUGAAGAGCUUGAUGAACAGGGCAGAGCUGUUACUGCAUGUCACCAUUGCAGCCCAGUCAGGCAUCACCAGGAGUAUAUCUGGGACCCCUGCAGAGACUCCAGCCUGUAAAUCAGCCUGUGAGACCAAGGUGAUCUCUCCGGCCAUGCGGCAGCCCGUGUUCCUGCGCAGCAUGUCCGCGCCCUCCGACCUGGAGAUGAUCGGCAGCGACGACAUCGAGUUCGCUCGCGCCAGCCAAAGGCGCCGGCACGUCACCAGCCACAGGAGCAGCUCCUUCACUCUGCUCCAGUCCUUGGCCAUCGAGGACAGCAGAGACAAACCCACCUACAGUGUCCUCCUGGGGCAGCUCUUUGCCUUCAUUGGGACAAACCCUGACCAAGCAGUGUCCAGCAGCAGCUUCCUGCUGGCGGCGCAGACGCGGUGGCGACGUGGGAACACGAGGAAACAGGCCCUGGUGCACAUGAGGGAGCUGCUGACAGCCGCGGUUCGUGUCGGUGGGGUCACCCAUCUGGUGGGCCCAGUGACCAUGGUGCUUCAGGGAGGGCCAAGGAUUGAGGAGCUGACCUGUGGUGGGAUGGUGGAGCAGGUCCAGGAAGCCUUCGGAGAGACGAUGACGUCUGUGGUGUCGCUGUGUGCGCGUUACCCCAUCGCCUGUGCCAACAGCAUUGGCCUCUUGUGCACUAUACCUUACACCAGGAGCGAGGAGAAGUGUUUGGUUCGCAGUGGCCUGGUGCAGCUCAUGGACAGGCUGUGCAGCUUGAGCAGCCAGACAGAGUCCAGCUCAAACGAGAAGCAGACCAAGAAGCAGAAGGUGGCCACCAUGGCCUGGGCUGCCUUCCAGGUGCUGGCCAACCGCUGUGUGGAGUGGGAGAAGGAAGAAGGGGGUUCCACAGAAGCUGUUCACUCAGGGCUGGCCAGGCAGGUCUCCAGCCUCCUCACCAACCACCUGGCCCGAGCCACCGAGUGCUGUGGCAACCAGGCUGCAGGCAAUGAUGCUCUUCAGGAUGUCCUCAGCCUGCUUAAUGACCUGUCAAGGAGUCACAUAGGCAAAGCCAUCCUGAGCCAGCCAGCAUGUGUCUCCAAGCUUCUGUCCCUCCUCCUGGACCAGAGACCUUCCCCAAAGCUGGUCCUUAUCAUCCUCCAGCUGUGUCGUGCUGCGCUGCCUCUCAUGAGUGUCGAGGACUGUGGCAAUGUGGAGUUGCCUCCCUGGAGUUACUCAGUGCCCUCCCUGAACAGUGAGCAGGAUGAUCCCAGUGAUCCAGCCUCCAAGAUUGCCUCCCUUCUGCUGGCAAAGCUGGCGGAUUACGUCGUGCCAGGUUGCCAGACUGUUCUUUCUCCAACUGCCUCUGAGCCAGACACUACCUUGGCAAAAGCCAGCCCUAAAAAUUCCAUCAAAGGUGAUAAAGAUCCCGGAGAAGAGAGUGAGGCAGUGGAUGGGAAGCUCUCUAUUUUCAUUCACAAACGAGAAGACCAGUCCUCCCAUGAAGUCCUUCAGCCAUUGCUAAGUAGCUCAGAGGGUCGUCCCUUCCGACUGGGAACUGGAGCCAACAUGGAGAAGGUGGUGAAAAUGGAUCGAGACAUGACAAAGAGUGGCUGCUGUGAAGUUAUCACAGAGGAAGCUGCUGCAGCUCUUCGAAAGGCAACCAAGUGGGCACAGUCUGGGCUCAUAGUGAGUGUUGGGCCACCCAUAGAAACUGUCAACCCAGAAACCACCAGUGGCUUGUCCACUGGGGACAAAAAGAAGACAGCACAAACUUCUAUCUGCAGAGAGAGGAACUCUGAGCUCGCCAGGACUGACCCUGUGAGGCCUUUCAUCAGUGGGCACGUGGCAAACAGCAUGGCAGCAGAGGUGAUUGCUUUGCUCCACAGCUUGUUGAUGGCACCAGAGUCAAAUGCAGCUCAGAUAUGGACAACAACUGCUGAAAAAGUUCUGUCCAGGGCUCUGAUGUACAUUCCACAGCUUGGGAAGUAUGCAGAGAGCAUUUUGGAGAACGGGAGCAGCAGUGGCAGGAAACUGGCAAAGCUUCAGAGGAUCGCGCGGCAGGCGGUGGCCGCUCUGUGUGCCCUGGGGGGCUUCAAGGAGACCAUCAAAAUAGGUUCUGAAGUUCAGGUUUUAGGUAAAGGAAUAGCAGGAAGCAUUGGAGUUGUGGCAUCUAUUAAUGAACAAGAAGGUAUAGCCACGGUCAAAUUUCCACCUCCCACUCUAGACAGUAGAAAGACCUCCCAGGCAUCAGACACAUUAACUAUCCCGUUAUCUAGGCUCUGUGUUCCAAGAUCUGAGGCAUUGCCUCUUCAUAAACUGUCCAUUACUGAGAAGGUAGUACAGGCAGUCCAGUCCAUGUUGCUCCCUCAGGAGGGAAGUCUAUCUAUUCACACCUCACUUCCUGCAACAGGAGAUGGCUCAACUCCAGUAAUGGCAGUGGUGCGACUUCUGGCUGAAAUCAGAACCAGAGCAUGCCUGGUGAUGGCUCAGCUGUUGGAAGACAGCUCAUUCUGUGAAGAGUUCAUUCAACAAUGCCCAGCUGCUGUGGAAGUUCUGAACUUGGUAGCACAGGAGUGCAGCCCUGGGGAGAGGCUCCUGGUGGUAGAAAUGCAGUGCGAGAGGUUACGAAUGUUGUAUCGUGACUGUGCUCGACCUCCACCUCCUCCACUCCAGGCAGACAGAAGGCAGCCCAAAGAAAUCACGUGGAGCCCCUCAAGAGUGUUCCCCCCAGUGAGAGCCUGCAUGUUCUCCUCACACCUCGCGGCCGUCACCUUCCUGGCUGACCCCAGUGCAGGGGGAGGACUUCCCCGGGGCACUUUCAUCUAUGCCACCUCCCCAGUUCCAGUGCAGGCACCAUCGUUCUAUUGGGAGAUUGAAGUGGUUUCCUAUGGAGACACAGAUGAUGACACUGGGCCAAUAGUUUCCUUCGGAUUUGCCACAGAAGCUGAGAAACGCGACGGUGCUUGGACAAACCCAGUGGGCACCUGCCUCUUCCACAACAAUGGGAGAGCAGUGCACUACAAUGGCUCCAGCCUGCUGCAGUGGAAGAGUGUCAGGCUGGAUGUGACUCUCUGCCCUGGGGAUGUGGCAGGAAUUGGCUGGGAAAGAACAGAAGGAACUCCUCCUCCCCCGGGGCAGCCAGCUAAGGGCAGAGUUUAUUUUACAUACUGUGGGCAGCGACUUGGGCCGUACCUGGAGGAUGUCUCUGGUGGAAUGUGGCCAGUUGUCCACAUUCAGAAAAAGAACACCAAGGUGAGGGCCAACUUCGGCUCGCGGCAGUUUGCCUACGCCGAGGGCCAGGCCCACCGCAACGCGGCCGAUCUCUGCAUCGACCUGGCCGAGGAGAUCAGUGCCAACUUCGAGGCCCUACCCUUUGCCAUGGCUUCUGACAGUGACAACGAUGCUGGCACCAGCAUAGCCUCUGACCCUGGCACCCACGGGCCGCCCUGCCGGAUCGCCGCCGUGGCCACCGCCCAACAACAGUAUGACAGUGACACAUCCUGCCACUACAAGAUGGAACUGAGCUAUGAGAACUUCAUCACAUCAGGCCCUGACCCUCACCCCCCUCCUAUUGCAGAUGAUGAAAGUGAUGAUGAUGAUGACGAUGAUAUUCCCAGGGAGGAUCACUAUGCUCUCCUGGUUAAAGCCUGGGAAACCAAAGUAUUCCCUACCAUUAGGAGAAGAUUCCGUAAUGAGGCUGAGAGGAAGUCUGGGCUGGAUCAGAUCAAAGGAGCUCUGCAGUUAGGAAUGGUGGAUAUAGCAAGGCAAACUGUGGAGUUCCUCUAUGAGGAAAAUGGAGGCAUCCCCAGAGACCUUUACCUUCCCACGAUUGAGGACAUCAAAGAUGAAGCAAACAAAUUCACAAUCGAUAAAGUGCGGAAAGGUCUGACGGUGGUGACUCGCUCUCCUGACAGCAACAACGUCACCAGCAGUGCUGUAGGAACAGCUUUGCCCAAGUUUGCUAUUCGUGGGAUGCUGAAGACAUUUGGCCUUCAUGGUGUUGUCCUGGAUGUUGACUCAGUCAAUGAACUGGUACAAGUGGAGACCUAUCUCCGGAGCGAGGGAGUUCUGGUGAGGUACUGGUAUCCCAUUGACAUGUUGGAAAGGCCACCAGCAGGAUACAGGAGGACUGCAACAAAUGGGUUGGUCACCCUGGAUAACACCAACAUCCAAAUCCACAGAGAGCUCCUGCGCAGCGAAGCUGCCCUGGCCAAGCUCUACUGCCGCAUGGCUCUGCUCAACAUCUUUGCCCCCAAGUCUCCACACAUGUUCACUCGGCUGUUCCACAUUCCUGCGAUCCGUGACAUCACCCUGGAGCACCUGCAGUUGCUCUCCAACCAGCUCCUUGCUCCACCUCUUCCUGAUGGCACAAUCAGCUCGAGCUCUAUUCUCCUGGCCCAGUCCCUGCAGCACUGCAUCCAUUCCCAGACCUGUGCUGCCACAGACCUCUUCUACCAGGGCAACUCUCAGGCCAUCAGGGAGUGGCUCACUGUGGCCAUUACUCGGACGCUGCACCAGGGAGAGGAGAGUCUCUUAGACCUCACCAAGCAGAUCUGCUCCUUUUUGCAGGCGGCACCAGAACAGUUGCGUGCAUUCCCCAUUUCAGAAUCCAAAGUCAAUAUGGAUGUGAAUUUUCCUGGGGCUGCAUUUGUGAUUGUGUCCUGUAAGGAAAGUCAGUCUGGAUUCCGCAAGGACUCAUCCCUGUACAAAGCUCCCUGGGCUCGAGUGCUGGUGUAUGGGCUGGGGCACAAGGUGAAGAGGAAUGGGCAACUGAACCUGAUCGAGGCCGUGUGCUACCCCCGCGACGCCUCUCCCACCAACACGGGGCUCACGCCGCCCCCCACCACCAACCAGUACCCCUCUGUCAUCACCCCCACCGACAGGGUCCACAUCAAACUAGGAGUGUCUCCUCCUCCUGGAGCUGUGUUGGUCCUGCAUUCCCUGCCCCUGGAAUUCCCCCUGGCAAUGGCAUUCACAGAACAGCUCCUAACUUGGAAAUUGGAAGAUGGGGAUGGAAAAUCAGAAGAUGAGCUGGAUACUAUUCCUGCUUCAGUUCUCUUGCAAGUGGUGGAAUUUCUAGGGAACUUCCUCUGGACAACUGACAUGGCAGCCUGUGUGAAGGAGCUGAUAUUUCACCUCUUGGCCGAGUUGCUUCGCAAGAUUCACACUCUGGAGCAGAAGAAGAAUCCAGCAGGACUCUCCUCCUCUAUUGCCCUGCAGCUCAACCCCUGCCUGGCCAUGCUCAUGGCCCUGCAGUCAGAACUACACAAACUCUACGAUGAGGAGACCCAGAACUGGGUGUCUGGCAAUGCCUGUGGGGGCUCUGGGGUUGGAGCUGCUGACCAAGGAAGGUUCUCCACGUAUUUCCAUGCCCUGAUGGAAGUUUGCCUGGCUGUGGCUGAAGUAACCUUACCCAUCAACAUGAGCGUGACAGCCAACGUGAUAUCCUCCACAAGUGCCCCAAACCUCAGUGACUCCUCAUCCUCAUCCUCGUCUUCCCCAGGGCAGACCCCGCAGAGCCCAAGUUUGCUGUCCAAGAGGAAGAAAGUCAAAAUGAAGCGGGAGAAAACCUCCUCCUCGGGCAAACGCUCCUCGUCCCGAGCCGCCGAGACGGACGCGGCGCUGCUCAGCAUCGGGGGCAGCAAACCCGAGGACAUGCUGUGGUUCCACAGAGCUCUGACGCUGCUCAUCAUCCUCAGGCACCUGACCAGAAAGGAUCCGCAGGGCCUGGGCGUGACGAACGACGCGGUGGCAGACGCGUGCCAGGCGCUGGUGGGGCCCACGGCGCACAGUCGCUUGCUGGUCAUCUCGGGCAUCCCCACCCACCUGGAGGAGGGCACGGUGCGCAGCGCCAUCAGGAAGGCCUGCAACGCCCACGGCGGCGUCUUCAGGGACGAGAUCUACAUCCCCCUGCAGGAGGAGGACCCCAAAAAAUCCAAGGACAAAGCAGAAGGGGGCGAGUGCAGAACGGAGCUGGAGAAACCGACGGUGUCCAGCAGCGCGGACAGUUUGGAUAUCAGCAGCUCCAGCAGUGUCACCCCUGCCAUGAGUGUCAGUGCCUCGGCCUCCACCAGCCAGGCCUCCCUCUGCAGCUCCCAGGGCAUAUCCCGCACCGUCAGCGACAUCUCCGGAGACCAGUUCCAGGCGGGGAUGGAACUGGCCAUCCCGCCGGGAUUGCUGGAACAGCCUCACGUGGUUUCCAGCCAGGAGAGUUUGGAUCUGUCCCACUGCAGCGGGUCCAUGUACACGGUCACAUCUCUGGACAAUCAGCCGCUGCUGGCACGGCCCAUCAAGGGCUUUGCUGUGGUGGAGAUAAGGUCAAGAGCUAAGAUAGAGAAAAUCCGAGCCAGCCUGUUCAACAGCAGUGACCUCAUUGGCUUGUCCAGCCUGGAUGGGGAGGAUGAACUCAUGGAGAUGUCAACUGAGGAGAUUCUGACUGUUUCCACUGUCAAUCAGAGCUUAUUUGACACCCAGGGCAGCCCAGCACUAGAGGAUUAUUUCAAUGAUAAGUCAAUAAAAGGUGAAAAAUUGGUCCCAGGUGCUCGGGAAGUCCUCACUGAGAUCUUUAAAAGCUGUGUCCAUUCGGAGCAAAUGCUGAGCCUGACCCCAGCAAAGCCCAUCAAGGUGGCAGACAUCUACCUCAGCAAGGAGCAGAUCAACUCUCAGACCCCUGGGAACCUUCUCCACGUGUUCUUCACCAACGUUCGCCCUCCCAAGAAGGUGCUGGAGGACCAGCUCACCCAGAUUUUAAGGAAAUAUGGUGUGCCCAAGCCCAAGUUUGACAAGAGCAAGUACAACAAGGCAGGGAAGGAGCAGCACCCGGUGAAGGUGGUGAGCACCAAGCGCCCGGUCACCAAACCUCCUGCGAAGGAGAAGUCCAUGCUCAACAGUGUCAGCCGAACAGCCUUAAGUGAGAAGAAACCUACUGUAAAGCCAAAAUCUCCUGAGAAGAGCAAACCCGAGGAGAAGGACCCUGAAAAGUCUCCCACAAAGAAACAGGAUGUUCCUGAGGAGAAGUAUCUGACCCUGGAUGGGUUCCACAGGUUCGUGGUUGACCGAUCCAAGCAGGACAUCCGCAGUGUGUGGAGAGCUAUUCUCUCCUGUGGCUAUGAUCUGCAUUUUGAAAGGUGUGCCUGCAUCGAUGCCAGGCACGCUCAGAAGGCCUCGCGCAAGUGGACCCUGGAGAUGGAUGUGGCCCUUGUCCAGUACAUCAACAGGCUCUGUCGUCACCUGGCCAUCACUCCGGCACGGCUCCAUCCCCACGAGGUGUAUCUGGAUCCAGCUGAUGCAGCAGAUCCCAGAAUUUCCUGUCUCUUGAAUGUUCCCGUGGAAAGCCUUCGGCUCCGGACUUUUUUCCUGCCGCUGGUGGAGCUGCGGCAGACAGAGAUGUACACCAACAGCAUCGCUGCCUUACUGCAGGAGGCCAAAGGUUUAAUCUUCUAUGACACAAAAGUCACUGUCAUGAACAGAGUGCUCAAUGCCACCGUCCAAAGAACUGCUGACCACGCAGCCCCAGAGAUCACCCUGGAUCCCUUGGAGAUCGUUGGAGGGGAGAUCCGUUCCUCGGAGAACUCCUACUUCUGCCAGGCGGCGCGGCAGCUGGGCUGUGUGCCCUCCUCCCAGCUCUGCGUCAAGCUGGCCAGCGGCGGCGACCCCACCUACGCCUUCAACAUCCGCUUCACCGGGGAGGAGGUCCAUGGCACCAGUGGAUCUUUCCGUCACUUCCUUUGGCAAGUGUGUAAGGAGCUGCAGAGCUCCUCUCUGUCCCUGCUGCUGCUGUGCCCCAGCUCUGCUGUCAACAAGAACAAGGGGAAGUACAUCCUGACUCCCAGCCCCAUCACCUACGCCGAGGAGCAGCUGUUCCACUUCUUUGGGCAGCUGCUGGGCAUUGCCAUCCGCGCGGACGUGCCGCUGCCCCUGGACCUGCUGCCCUCCUUCUGGAAAACACUGGUGGGGGAGCCACUGGAUCCUGACAUGGACCUGCAGGAGGCUGACAUCCUCACCUACAACUAUGUCAAGAAAUUUGAAAACAUCAAUGAUGAGACAGAACUGGAAGCUCUGUGUGCAGAAAUUGCCUCCCAGCACCUGGCGACGGAGAGCCCUGACUGCCCCAACAAACCCUGCUGCAAGUUCACCUACCUGACCAUGACAGGGGAGGAGGUGGAGCUGUGUCCCAGGGGCAGGCACAUCCCCGUGGGGUGGGAGAACAAGGCGACGUACGCGGCGGCGAUCCGGAGCCUGCGCAUGCGCGAGCUGCAGAGCCCGGAGUGCAUGACCGCGGUGCGCGCCGGGCUGGGCUCCAUCAUCCCCCUGCAGCUCCUCACCACCCUCACCCCCCUGGAGAUGGAGCUCAGGACCUGUGGCCUUCCCUACAUCAACCUCGAGUUCCUCAAGGCACACACCAUGUACCAGGUGGGACUGAUGGAGACUGACCAGCACAUCGAGUUCUUCUGGAGUGCCCUGGAGAUGUUCACCCAGGAGGAGCUCUGCAAGUUCAUCAAGUUUGCCUGUAACCAGGAGAGGAUUCCCUUCACCUGCCCCUGCAAGGACGGAGGCCCCGACACGGCCCACGUGCCCCCGUACCCCAUGAAGAUUGCUCCCCCCGAUGGAGCAGCAGGCUCUCCGGACUCGCGGUACAUCCGUGUGGAGACGUGCAUGUUCAUGAUCAAGCUCCCUCAGUACUCGUCCCUGGACAUCAUGCUGGAGAAGCUCCGUUACGCCAUCCACUACCGCGAGGACCCUCUGAGCGGCUGA